AUCAAUAUUGGUAUCUUCAAUCGAGAAAGAAUUUUGGCGAUACAGUUUUGAAAAAUUUGUCUCGACACUAUCAUGCGGAUCUAAAUCGUUGACGAAUCGGCUGGCGAGCAAAUGCCUUAUAACGAUAAGAGAAGACGACUUUUGGCCGAUGGUGGUGGUAGCACAUACUGCCUUAGUGUGGUGGAAAGAGAACGAUCGGCGGCGUGAUGUAUUGGCGAAAGAGCACAGUGUCUUUCGAUGCGCCGUCGCGCAUUGUCGUCAAUUUCUCGAUCGCGCGAACGCGAGAUCGCGAUCGAGAAAUGCUCGCGUGUCGAAAAUCCACUGAAAUACUCUUCCGAUGAAAUGGCGGUGGACUUGUCAAACCCAGCUCGAUGUAGAUGGAAACUCAACGGUUUUCGCCCCUAUUCCUAAAAUUCUAUAUUCAAUAAUUAUCUUUCAAAUUGUGGAGUUUAUUGCCAUUUCGAAACAUAUGUACAUGGGCGGAGCAUUAGUCGUUCUAAUCUGAUAUAUAAAGUGUAACUAGAAUCAACUUUUGGAUUGUGGUUGGUGGAUUAAAAGAAAAAAAUAUAUACCUCUUAUAAAAAAAAUUCAGUAUCUUUUCUAUUGUAAGUGUUAUAGGAUUAGUUAAGCGUGCAACGCAUGAAGACAGUUUACAUUUAUCUCACGAGGAAGCAGGUUGUCGAGAACCACGAGAAAAUAGUAAUUUACUAGCUGUUGAUCAUCGAACGAUAUCAAGAUGGAUACAACAGCGAAUGGUACCAGAGCAAAUGGCCUUCUACACUUGAAGAAUGGCGUAGAUUACAUUAAUCCUGGUGAAGAGGACCAGAUGGAAAUUUAUGGUUAUAGACGAAACCAUGCACGGACCGUUAUUAUCUGGUUCCUGAUUGUCAUUACUGGAGGUCUGCUGAGGCUGAUAUUCCAUUGGGUACCGCAUCUCAUGCUUCAAGCCACCCACAUAAAAUGCUCUUUGGAAGAGGCAGAAACCGUUUUGUUAAUUGAAAAGUUUCAAGGAAAACACACAAGUUAUUACGUGAAGAAGUUGAGGAACGUGACCGCUAAGGAAGUUAUUAAUAAAUCUUUCCAUGAAGAAUCUCUGAUGGAUGACGCAUGGGAUGGCAGUGUUAUAACCACCAAAGAAGAAAAGGAAACUUAUGCAAUGUUAUCUGUGCAUCUUUUUGGGGGUCAAUUCAAACAGGUGCCAUCCAUUACCAUUUUCAAUUGCAAGAAGCUGACUUACGUCUGGGACCCGGAGAGAUCGGAGUUUUUGAAAUUGCGUGGCCUCGAUACCGACGUUUUAACAUCCACAUUACAUCAAGCACAAGGUCUUAGUUCUCAGGAACAGUACAUGAGGCGUAAUGUUUAUGGCAAUAACGAGAUUGUGAUUCCCGUGAAGAGCAUAUUAACAUUGUUAUGCCUCGAAGUGCUCAACCCGUUUUACGUCUUCCAAUUAUUUAGUUUUUGUUUGUGGGUCGCGGACGAUUAUUAUUACUACGCCAUGGUCAUUCUCGCGAUGUCAAGUGCCGGCAUUAUAAUGGCAGUUUUUCAAACACGACGAAAUCAGCAUAAUUUGCGAUCGACGGUACAUUCAUCUGACGUUGCCACGGUGAUGCGAGAUCGUACAAUCGGCCAAACUGCAAUAGUGCCGGCCGAACGCUUGGUGCCCGGUGACGUUUUGGUAAUUCCGUCUCAUGGAUGUCUAAUGCCAUGCGAUGCCGUGCUGCUGACUGGCAAUUGCAUUCUCAAUGAGUCUAUGCUGACGGGGGAAUCAGUACCUGUCACAAAGACACCAGUUCCUUCUUCCAAUGAUGUGAUAUAUAAUACCAAAGAACAUGCUAGGCAUACGCUUUUCUGCGGUACCAGAAUUAUUCAAACAAGAUACUACGGUAGUGAAAAGGUUCUAGCUGUGGUUAUCAGAACAGGUUUCAAUACCAGCAAAGGUGAUCUUGUGCGAUCCAUUAUGUAUCCCCCACCUGUGGAUUUCAAGUUCGAGCAAGACUCAUAUAAAUUCGUCACAUUACUAGCAUGCAUAGCCAGCAUCGGCGUUAUUUAUACUAUCGUGUCAAAAGUAAUGAAAAGCAUUGACAGUAGUCAUGUUGCUUUGGAAGCGUUAGAUCUCAUCACUAUUGUUGUUCCGCCGGCGUUACCAGCUGCCAUGACGGUUGGACGUCUCGUAGCGCAACGUAGAUUGGAAAAGAAAAAAAUAUACUGCACGAGUCCGAGAACGAUUAACGUGUCGGGAUCCAUCGAUUGCAUUUGCUUCGAUAAGACUGGAACAUUAACCGAAGACGGUUUGGAUAUGUGGGGCGUGGUAAGUGUAUCAGAUGGCAAGUUUCAGUUACCUAUCAAGGACAUCGCUAGUCUAUCGUUAUCCGAAGUUCUUAUUGGCAUGGUUACAUGCCAUGGACUCACCAUAAUCGAUAAUCAAUUGAUGGGUGACCCGCUCGAUUUGAAAAUGUUUGAAUCCACUGGAUGGACGCUGGAGGAACCUGAUGUAUCUGAUACAUCUAAAUUUUCUAUGCUUUUCCCGACGAUCGUCAGGCCAGCAAAAAACUCUAAGCUUCUUAAAAGACUGCCCAAUGAUUUGGGCGAUACGCUCAGUCGACAAAACUCCAUGUCUUCCGAUGUGGUAGACGGUAUAUCUCUCAAUAAUUUAUGCGAUGCCGCGUUUAGCGAUUCUGCGACGGAACUGGGCGAACAAGGACUGGAAGUAGGCAUUGUCCGGCAGUUUCCUUUUACAUCCAGUCUUCAAAGGAUGAGCGUGAUUACCAGGACAUUGGGUGCCAAUCAUUAUGAUCUUUACUGCAAGGGUAGUCCAGAGAUGAUCCUCACUCUCUCAAGAGCAGAAUCCAUUCCUCCAGAUUUCACAGCUAUUUUACAAGAAUAUACAUCCGAAGGAUAUCGAGUGAUCGCUCUCGCGCACAAAUCUCUGAAUCGUCUUCCGUACGCCAAGGUGCAACGCAUAAAUCGUGAAGCUGCCGAGAUUGAUUUAACAUUCUUAGCGCUCAUAAUUAUGGAGAACCGAUUGAAACCCGAGACUUCACCGGUGAUCGCCGAACUGAAUACUGCAUGCAUUAAGACGGUAAUGGUAACGGGCGACAAUAUGUUGACCGCACUCUCAGUGGCCAGAGACUGCGACAUCGUGAAGCCAGGUACGCCUGUGAUCGCCGUCUCGACGAAUCAGCAGAAUCAGAUGAAACCACAGAUUUACUUCACAAAGAGCGAUAGUCAACCAUCACCAACUUCACCAAAUAGUCAGCCCGAUCUCAGCGAAAUAUCCGAUCUGAACAGUGUGGUUAGUUUGGAUACUGUUGAGAGCGGUUCCUUCGGUAAUACUAAGUUGGAGAACAAUAUCAAUUAUUUAUCGGAUGAUGUGCAAUAUUCCAAGAACAAGUACGCGUUCGCGUUGACAGGAAAAACGUGGGCAUUAAUAAAGCAGUAUUAUCCAGAAUUGAUUCCUAAAGUGGUGACUCGCGGUGCCAUUUUUGCGAGAAUGUCGCCGGAUCAGAAGCAGCAGUUGGUUCAAGAACUGCAGUCCUUAGGAUAUUAUGUUGCCAUGGUGGGAGACGGUGCUAACGAUUGCGGUGCAUUGAAAGCGGCGCACACCGGGAUAUCCUUGUCGGACACGGAAUCUUCCGUUGCCUCGCCUUUCACCAGUCGCGAAACCAACAUCUCCUGCGUUUUGACGGUAAUACGAGAAGGUCGCGCCGCAUUAGUGACUUCCUUUGGCAUUUUUAAAUACAUGGCUGCCUACUCACUCACGCAAUUUAUCUCGGUGAUGCUCCUCUACAACAUUGAGUCCAAUUUGACGGACAUCGAGUUUUUGUACAUCGAUCUCUUCAUCAUUUCCAUAUUCGCUUUCUUUUUCGGUCGCACAGAGGCCUAUGAGGGCCCACUGGUAAAAAUAGCACCGCUCAAUAGUCUCAUCAGCACAUCACCAAUUCUCAGUCUGAUCACCCAACUUCUGAUCGUCGCGAUUUUCCAAUACACGAGUCUCUGGCAUUUGCAGCAGAUGUCAUGGUUUAAACCAUUCAACCCUGCCGUAACCGAGGAUAAGGAUGAAGUGAGCUGCUUAGAGAAUUACACGGUCUUUAUCGUCAGUUCUAUGCAGUAUAUCAUCUUGGCGGUAGCGUUCUCCAAAGGACCGCCAUAUAGAAAAUCCCUCUUCACUAAUUAUGGCCUACUUACCUCUUUCGUGUUUCUUAGUCUCUUUUCCAUCUAUCUCGCAAUAUGUCCUUUCGAGUGGCUGGUUAAUUGGUUCGAACUCAUACUGCCCGACGAUUUGGGCUUUCGCUUCAUCCUGGUCGGCUAUGGCAUAGUAAAUUUUGUGAUUGCGCUAUUGGUUGAGUAUCUGUUUGUAGAGUACCUCGUGUUUGGCAAAUUGCGAUAUCGCUGGCAUGACUUGGAUAAAUCUCGACGGAAGUUUUUAGCUAUUGAACGAGACAUGGCGCGCGAUCUCAAGUGGCCGCCGAUCUCCCAGGAGCCACUACCGGAAGCGGCGCCGGAUUUAUUAAUCCGACAGAACGUCACCGAGAUCAAAAUCGAGAAACGAAUUACUGAAUCAUGCCUUCCCGCCGAUAGUAGCUUUAUGAACAAUUCACCAAUUUGCGCCGGUUUCAAACACUUUGGAUCCGCUCGCGAAGUUACUCUCAAUCCCAGAUCUCUUUUCAAUGAUUGCCGAAACACAGUGUCAAUGCAAACGGUGCCGUGCUUCGAGGACUUAUCACCGAAGCAAUCAAAUGUGGAAACCACGGUGAAACGACGACACAAUUCGGAAUCAGCAAAUGGUAUCAAUCGUUACGAGAAACCUUACAUGAAUCACAAUACUAAUCCCAUCGCCACACUUCCAAGGAAUCCUAACGCGACUCUUCAGCCGCAAAAGCUAAGAGACUUCAAGAAUGUCCUAGUGCACAAGAGCGACGAUCGAGUGUCGAAUACUCAGAAUGUGCUUGAGUUAGAUAUUUUGCCGUCCUGAGAUCCGAAAUACUCAAAGAUCGGUCGAGGUAGCUAAGUAUCUCUAAAUCAAUAUAAUAGUUAAUUCAAAAUAUCAUUUGAUCUUUAUUUUUAACGAUGCAUUUAAGACAAUAGAGCAAUAUUUAUAAUCGAUAUAAAGCAUAAUCCGAAAGUCUGGAUCUUUGAUAAGGCGGCUUUUUGUGUUUUGAAUGUGUUCUGAUGCUCUUGUAUCGUUCAUUUUCAAGCAGCAUAAUUGUACAUAAAUAAUUUAUAGCGCAUACAUUUAUUGCGCGUUGCAUUUUAACAGAACGAAAGGAUUUAAAAAGAAAUUGCGAAUGAUGAUUGCAAAUCAAUGCAUGAUAGAAACGAUUGAUUCGUUGCUAAAUAUUCAUCUCGAAAAUCAUUCCAUGGCGAAAUUUGCCUUGAACUAGAGGUGAUAUUGCGAAGGGUUUGGUAACUGUCAGAGACGUGCAUGUUUAGGUAUAAUUCAUUAAGGAAUAGAAUUUUCCUGAAUACUAUGCGAUGUUAAUAAAAUAGAUCAAACCGAUAGCGAUAUGUUAGAUAUUAUCGCGAUUUGGGGCUGAUUACGUACUGUUAAAUAACUACGUCAAAAUAAAAAAAAUAUGUACUUAUGAAAUAUGCGCAACAAAUAUAGAAGAUACUUAAUCGCGUUGGUUUACU